UGCAUCACGAUGAAGCACUGCGUGUGUCUUCUUUUAUUAGCUGCAUUAGCAUUCCAGCUAAGCGCAGCACAUUCGCCAAAUUCACAAGUCAGCAAUCAUGAAAAUCAUAAUUUCGAAUGGUUACAAGGCCAUCCCGAAAAAGACGAAAUAAUAAAGAAUUAUAAGGCAUGGAUGUCGUGCAAAAAUUCCCAACGACCUCAAAGUGAAUGCGAUGCUUUAUACGAUAUACUCGUUGCACCAGCACCAAUAAUAAUACAAAAGUUGCACCAUUACAAAAAUUUGGUUAAUACAGUGGCAUUAAAAGACGAUAGAAAAAUACAUGAAAUGAAAAUCCAAUUAUAUCCGUGGACGGAUAUAUAUGAUCUCUGCAACGGUUCUUUCCCUCAAAGUUACUGCGAUGUCUACAUUAAAUACCUGCAUCUGCCAGAAAAUCGCAUGAGACACCCUGAAACUCUCAAGCAAAUGAUGUGGCAACAGAUUUGCGUUGCUUCGGGAAAAUCGGCCGAGGAAUGCGCAAAUGAAGCAGCAGCCGCGGCAGCAGCGUAUGCUGCAAAAAUGGGAACAGAAGCAAAAUCUGCUGGUAACGGGGGAUGUUAUAGCAAAACGGGAAAAAACCAUUUUCCUAGCGUACUGGCUAACAAGUUUUGGAUUAACUAAAAAAAAAACCAAGCACAUAUGCGACUAAAGGAGAGUUGUGCCGCUUUUAUAAACGAUAAAGGAAUCAUCCAAGCCCAACAAAUAGGCAAUCAAUAUAAAAGUAACUUCGAAUAAUGAAAUUCACAAUUCGAGGCGGACGGCAUGUGCGCUUCGAGAAAUAGCGUGGUAUUAAAAAAAUCUCGUUUCGCGGAUCCUGUAUUUUGACUGUAAUCCAUGUAGAAUCACGUAUUUUCUACAUUCGUACGUUUCGUAUGUUUUGUUAGAGUACACGACAACUCUUACUUUUGUAGAAAAAUAUGUAGUUUUUUAAUAAUUAUAACAUCCUCUUAAUUAAACACAGUUACUAUAUAUAUAUAUAGUUCUUGAGAAUUAUACUAUUUUAGGUGUUACUUUUCGAAGCAUUUUUAUGAAAUUGUGAUUUGGUCAGUAAAUUGGGAUUCCGUCAAAUAAAAAGUACGCUGUUCCUAAAUUAUCUACGUAUACAUUUGAAUUAUGAGUCGCGUAGUACUAUCACAUUUUCUGACUUUCUAGCAAGUAAAAUCUUUAAUUUACUGGUCAAAUUAUAAACAAUUAGCAUUUAACUUAUAACUACUAUGAUUCAUUUUAAAACUUCUUAAAUAUUUUAAAGAUAUUCAAAUAUGUAAUAUUGAAAGCGUUAUAGAGAAAUGAAAUGCAUAUAUCUUUAAAUUGUAUGGAUUGAGGUGUGUUAUAACAAUGUAAAAUGGUGUAAGGUAUUAUUUUUUCAGAUAUUUCAUCUAAUAAAUGAAAAAA